UUGAAAAGUGUUUGCCGAACCGGAAACAUAGUUACAACCCAAAAACCCACUGAGGACAAUAUUCAUGGCUUUGGUCCACAGAGUGGGAGGCACGCACUAUCAAUGAAUACUGUCCUUACAAUCACGCCACUCUGUCAGGAGAGGUUGUGUGCACACAUUCAACAUUCCUAAUCCCUUGAUGCAUGCAGCUAUAUGUAUGUAAUCAAGUACUGUAUAUAGCUGCAAGUGGAAAGGGCUCUGGCUUGUAUAUAUUCAAACCAACUCACUUUUCCUCAAUGUAUAAUGUAUAAUGUCCCCACCUACCACAUCUUUCAGGAGUUUCGGUGUGCACUUAGGUAAAUGCUAGCUUACAGUGGUUCGUGAUCGACGCAUCCAUUCAAAUGUACUGGUGGGUUACACAGGUGUUUUUCGAUGCCUACAACAAGAAGUUUGGCUCUGACGGAUCCCACGAGGCACUGGACUGGAAGGAAUGCACUGAGAGAGUUGAUGAGUUCAAGAGACAGUUCAUACAUCAGAAUAUCAUUGACACUGAGAUCGAUGAUAUGUCAAUGAUGCAGUGGCUUGGAUCUCUUCAGAUUCACGAUUUCUACAGCACAAAGCAGAGACUGUUGAGUGCACAACGUUCAGAAGAAGAACUGCUCAUUAAAGGGGCUGAACCCCCAGUAGGGAAAGAGAAAACUGGGACAAAAGAAGACACAAACGUUUCUGAAGAAUCGAAUAAUGAUGUACGACAUGUC